UAAGAAGAUCCCUUCCACGGAGGCGGGAGGAAGGCUGAUUGUGGAUUGCUGAGAACGGGGCCUGAUUAAGGUGUCAUGUGGAGUAGCCGCCUGCUAGGAGUAGCAUUAUGACUGGAGGACAUCUCCAUGACUGAAGACAGGAUGCUGCUGAGGAACUCUACAGGCUCAGAGGAUCUGCUGGGGAACAGCAGUCACACUGGCCUCGGCAAUGUGGAGCAAGUCCUAGUUCCAAUAUUAGAUGCACUGAUUCUGGUGCUGGGGGUCGGGGGGCACACCAUGGUGAUGGUGAUCCUGUGUGGGAGACGAAGGAGGGGGGCGGGACACAUUGGACACUCUCCUCACAGCUCCAUGACAGGCACAGGGACAGACAUCCUCCUGCUGGCGCUGAGCGCUGCGGAUCUGCUUUUGCUCUCCAUGCUCCCCUUCCACACUGUUGCCAUAGCCAUGCAGCAAUGGCCGUUUGGGGACUUCAUGUGUCGACUGGUGGGCUUCUUGGGAUCUGCCGGCUCCUCAGCAAGCGUCUUCACACUGGCCACACUGGCUGUGUCACGCUAUCUAACUGUGGUGAAGCCUGCCAGAGCUUACAGUCUCCUCUCCCCACGACGGGUGUCUAUAGCUGCUGCACUCCUCUGGGUCCCAGCCUGCUGCCUGGCCGCCCCCCAGCUGGUUUUUCGCUUUGUGGGAACCCCCCGACGAGCCCCUGACGGGCUCGCUUGCUUUGCUUUCCUGUCCCACCAAGACCAGCUUAUCUAUGGAUUGUGUCACUUUCUUGUGGCCUUCUUGCUUCCACUGAUCACUAUUGCAGUGGCCUACGGCAGCAUCUACGCGUUCCUGUGGAGAAGUCAGCAUGGCGGCAUGGCACCCCAAGUAGAGCGCUACCAAAGCAAAGUGACCCAGACCUCAGCCAUGCUUGUGCUGGCUUUUACCCUGUGUUGGCUGCCAUCCUAUGGCCUGACGUUGGCUUUACUGGAGGAUAAAAGCUCAGGGGCCACAGGCACCUCACCACGUUACGGUGCCUUCAGUGUGUUUGCACGCCUCAUGGCGACCUCCUCUACAGUGAUGAACCCCAUCCUCUAUGUGCUCAUGUCCCAAAAGUUCAGGCAAGAUCUACUGAAGUUAUUCAAGAGGGGAGGACAAAGAGCAAGUGGGGCUGUGGCUAUGGCUGCUGCAUAACUAUCAGCAGCUACCUUGAUAUAACUGAAGACCUGACACACAUACACUCAGAUAAUUCUGACUACUGGGAACUACAACAAAAAAAAUUACAAGUGGAGCUGCUUUGCUGAAAUGCUCAUAUCAAUAAAGUGGAUAUGACCAUCAUGAAUAAAGACAAGUUAACACAGCAGAACAACAGCACUCGCAACAUGUUUCCCUCUUAAAAGCAUUCACUGUCAGCCUGGAUAUUGUACAAGAUCAAACUGCUAGCCUUGGGAGGUGCUGCUCUACAGGGACAGUGGG